CUUUGUCUUAUUCAGUCCGUCGUAUUAUCAACAGACUAGGCAAAUACCUAGGCAUUUACAUUCUAAACACUCUGGUCUCCACACUGAAGAAGGAUAAUAUUUGCUCCUCGCGCCAGCAGCUGCAGUGCAACUCAUAAGCAUGUGACAGGGAAAGCUCCCAUUUAUCCCGAUUCAUAGUGUUUAGGAGUUUGGGCGAGGUAUAGACAGGGAUAGCUCAAGAACUCUGACUCAAAGCAGAGAUCUUAGCCACGAUGAGCGACAGCAUGUCGACAGGAGAGCAAGAUGAGCCGGACCAAGCUAUGGCUCUGGCCAGCGAGAGUCGGGGAGAUCGUCAAGAAGCAUCAGAUUUUGCACACCAAGACGCUCGCCGUCUUCUUAUGUCUCCCACUGAGGAAAGAACGGAUGAUCGUGCUAUUAGUGAAUCGUUAAGACGCGAUUUAAGGCGAUGUUCACCCAGGAGUAGUCAGACUACGUCGAGUAUAGAUUUGCGACAGCUCCCUGCCGAAAACGACUUGCGAAACGGGAGAAGAGUUGGUACUGAAAAUUUGCCUAGGCGUCCUUCGUAUUCACUGGGUAAUGUCAGUGAGCUACAGAGAUCUUCGACCAGGCCAAGUUGUGCAAUAGAAUUAACCCAGCGCACUUCAACCCCUGUUGCCAAAAACGGCACCACACCUUCAGAUCAAAAGCAGGUAUCUGCCCCCGUGUCUGUCUGUGAUACUAACCGCAAACGUCUGUCUUUACGAGGUUUGUUACUCGAAGAAUCAAAAGAACACUCAAAAUCUCAGGUCCAACUUCACUCUCGAGGCCCACGUGGCCUCGGAUUCGCGCCAAACAAUCCCGCCAAUUUUCGAAACGAAACUGGCCGAGACAACUCACGACGAGCCUUUUCCAUACCCAACGUCUCCAAUCUCAGGUAUGCGCACGUCCGGUCGUCCUCCGGGAGCCAUAAUGAUCUCAACAGGGAUUCCGGUUAUGAAAACUCUGACAAUGAUAGAGAAAUGUCCACGCCAUCUGACAAUAACAGUGUCGACACGGUCAGUAUGAAUGAAACCGUGAACGAAGAACUUAAGGAGCCCUUGUGGAAAGAGCACAAGGUUGAUCAUCAACAGCAAAACGGACACCUAAAUGGCCACGCCCAGUUUUGUGAAGAGAAAGAUUUCUCUAAAGGAGAUAUAGAAAGAGGCAGCGAAGACGGUGGGGAUGUCAACAGUUGUGAAAAUGCGUCGGCAGCAGAACUUCGUAACAGGAGGAAAGAACACAAAGAAAAGAAAAGAAAGGACGAACUGGAAGAAAAAUUAAGACGCGAACGAGAGAGACCUCCCCUGUGGUAUUGUCGUUUGUUGGUGAAGCACCCAAGGGCCUCUUUCUUUUCCACUCUAGGCUGCCACGCCCUCUUUGUGAUCGUGACCCUGAUAUUGUACUCCGCAGGCUAUGACAUCUUCCCGACGGAGUUCAAUCGAUUUCCAAUGAUCUUAAAUAAUGAUGUAACCCGCCUGAGAGAGCUCUCGUGGAUACAUCGUAACAAUGAAACGGACAUCGGGAAAGGGCACCAAAUCAACCGCUUCUCCCGAGAGAGCCUUAUACUGUUCCGAAACCGCAGCGUCCAUUUCGACAAAUUGUCGCUGUACUAUGAAGUGGAAGAAGACAAGAACAUUUUUCGGAAGGAGAUCUUUGAAGAUAUGAAGCGCCUAGAAGACGAGAUCUACAACCUGACGAAUUACCAAGAUAAGUUCUGCCAACUGGAUCUUCGGAACAACUGUGUGAAACCGAUGUCCAUUUUGCGUUACUUUGAUGGAACUUAUCAACACUUGCACCCAACUUUCUACGACCCCGACUUUGAAAAUAUCCACAAGGUCCUGUUUACCGCAGCUCAUCAUAAUCAAACGAAGACGGCAUUUCAGUUCUUCAUGAGCGCCGACUCCUCGAUAGACGCGAAAGGGGCAUUUGCCUCAUUAACACGCUCCAGUUUCCCGUUAGGUUGGCCGUUGCCUGGCAACGAUUCCGAUGAUGAGAAAACUUCGCGUGUCCAAGAUUUUCUAGUCAAAGACGUCAAACCAAAAUUGGUUGAAUUUGUGAAGGACAAACCAAAUGGCGUAGAUCUCAUUUACUAUGCUCUUAUGCUAUUUGCUCAUGACGUACUAGAUCAAGUUGUCUAUGAUUUAAUUUUGGCCGUCGGUAGCUUAUGCUUCAUAUUUGGGUUCAUCUGGUUUCAGACCAGGUCAUUCUGGGUGACCAGUUGGGCCGUUCUAAGCAUUGUCACUGGGUUCUGUUGUGCAAAUCUUAUAUACCGAAUCGUCUUAGAUUUUAGAUAUUUUGGGUUUUUCCACAUUUUGGCAAUUUUCAUCAUUCUUGGCAUAGGCGCAGAUGAUAUAUUUGUCUUUUACGAUAACUGGAGAGCGACAGGGAAGGUGAAGUAUCCAAGCCUGUCACAUCGGCUUUCUGAUUGUUACCGAAGGGCGGCGGGAACCAUGCUUGUGACGUCAUGCACCACGAUGAUUGCCUUCUUCGCCAGUGCCGUAUCUCCGAUUUUGCCGGUGAAAACAUUCGGACUAUUUUCUGGACUAUUAGUGCUUGUUAACUAUUUGUCCGUCAUAACCUUCUUUCCAGCUGUGGUGAUAGUGCACCAUCUCUACUUUAAGGGAAACAAAGCUUGUUGUUGCUGCGCGCCGAAGUCGAGCGAGGCGAAAACGCAUUUAGUCAGUAGGCAGUCCAGUACUUCUACUAACCCACAGCAAGAAAAGAAAAAGAAAAAUGUGAUCAUCAGAUUUCUCAGCGGCAAAUAUUUCAAGUUUAUUACUCACCCGUUCUGGAAAUUUUGGAUCCUGUUGUGCUUCGCGGCGAUCUUGGGUGUAUUCAUUUACUACGCCAAAGAGCUGAGUCCAGACGAGGAAGAGUUGCCGAUCUACAAGCCGUCUAACAACUAUGGCAAGGCACAGAACCGCCGCCUUCACGCAUUCAAACCAAGCGAAGAAGAUCAAUACGUCACAGUGUAUUUGGUGUGGGGGUUGAAAGAGCGAGACGUUAGUGGCUGUCACCAGUCAGACUUCAGGUGUACAGGGAAACAGGUCUGGGAUGAUAUGUUCGGACUCAAUUCCCCACCGGCACAAAUAGCUAUGAAGAAUUUGUGUACCCGACUGAAAACCUUGACAGAUGACGAGAGAGAUGAAUUAAAAGUCCGAUUGGAUCUUGUUACCAAGAAACCACAGAUCGCUUGUUUCAUGGAUAAUCUUGAGGCGUUUGUUAAGAAAGAAGAGCUCAAAGAUCGGAACCGCAGCAAAUACACGAAAAGAAAUGUCAGCUAUGAGUACCCUCUGACCGAGACUAAUACAAAACAGUUUAUGGAGAGCCACCCACUUAUCUAUAACCUAGCCGAAAUCAAGCGAACUUUUUAUCGAUAUUUUGAGAUCUUUGUCUCUUAUUGGUUGAGCGACGGGUACCGUAUGACGCAUACUGAAGACUUCAGCAAUUACAACAAACUGAUAGGCGAAUGGAAAGAAGAUGGUUACACCACUCCUGUUAGGAUGGUCACAGGAGCCUAUUAUGGAACGAAACUGAAAUUCAUAGCCAUCGAGGUGAAUACCACAUUAAAUGCGCAUGCGCUGGGAUAUGCUACGGGCCUGCCCAUCAUGGAGAGAUGGGAGGACUUUAUGAAAGAAGAGCUGGCUAAAAUGCCUCCAGAAUUACAAGGCGGAUUUCAAGUAACCGAGAAUACGUGGCACUGGCUGAAGGUCCAGCAGAAUCUGGCAAGCACGGCUCUCAUGGGAAUAGUCAUUGGUAUAUCUCUUUCCUUCCCAAUCUUGGUAUUCGCCACACAGAAUAUCAUUAUGGGGUUCUUGGCAACUCUUACCAUGGGUAUGGUGACGGUGUGUGUGGUAGGAGUCAUUCCAAUGGUGGGCUGGAAACUAGGGGUUUUGACAUCCCUGAAUCUCUGUCUCGUGGUUGGACUGGCGGUGGACUACGUUGUGCACCUCGCAGAGGGCUAUCACCUGUCUCCACACAGAGACCGUCUUGGGCGCGUGCGCGACAUGUUAGAUCACGUGGGCAUUUCCGUCCUAUCAGGUGCCACCACCACUUUGGGAGCGUCCAUCUUCAUGAUGUUUGCCGAAAUUCAGUUCUACGUCCAAUUUGGGAUUUUCAUUUUUUCAGUAAUUGGAUUUUCUAUUCUGUUUUCUUUGUUGUUUUUUACCACUCUUUUGGCCAUCGCUGGCCCACAAGGUGAUACCGGCUCCCUCGCCCCUUUGGUAACUUUCUUUACACAUCUUCACAUUGGGAGAGACAAAGAAGACAAAGAGUGUGACAAAUGCCAAGGUAUGGGUUUCAUCAAAAAGAUGAAACUUGACGACUACCAGCAAGAGGAAGCAAAACCGUAUAUGGGGAGGGACAGCUCUAGGGUGACCAUUAAACUCGCAAUAUUUGGCAAUGACAACAAAGAAAAAGAGGAAGAGGAGGAGGAGGUCGCAAAUAUCACGAACGGUUCAGAAAGCUCUAAAUUUUUGCAUCUUCAUGACAUUCCCGAACAUCGACAAAGCCCAAUAUUAGCCCUUCAACCGGGUGACGGGAACAACUAGUCGGAAUCAGCUGACAGAUCUUCAUCAUUCGUUUUGUUAUUGGACUUCUUUUCACUCUACGAAAGAAACCAUUCCAAUGCUGUGUUAUCACACAAAAGAUAGCCAUUACACCCUGAUAAUGUAGGCCUAUGUCUGUAGGCUGCAAAGUCUGGAGGAGGGUUACAUGCAUGUUAAUUACACAGUCAUUUAUAUGUGGUAUCAAAACAAGAGUUACAAUCGUACUGCACGCACGCACACAAACGCACACAUGCACACACACACACCAAUUAUCAGUUAUAAAACAUUUUGUAAAAAAAAGAUCCGUGUAGGAGAUUAUUAUAUUGUUGACUUAUUGAUAAAGAGGGCCAAAUCAGAGCAGCUGUAAUUUAUAAAAUAUUUCAUUAGUUUUCAUUUUAUAUUUUUCUGUGCAUCAAAUUCUUGUCCUCCCUCCUCCCAAAGUAACCCAGAUGAAAAUUGCAAAGUAUGCUCAGUAUUCUCUAAGAAAUUUGCAUCCCCGUGCGUUUGGUUAGUAAGGAGUAGACUCACAGCUGUGAAGGUAUAAACCCAAGCAAACUGAGGUCAAUAGUAAUGAUGGUUGCUUGUGCUCGACUAGAUUACUAUAACUCGCUCUCAAGUGAGGGAUCAAUGAUUUUGCAGAGGGUUUUAUAUUUUUUUCAGUCCGAAUGGUGAAUACUUAAAAGGUCAACAGCUAUUUCUGUGGGUAAGAUUUCCAAUACAUUUUGCAUUAAGGGAAUGUGUAAUUACGAGAGAUGCACCGGCUUUGUGUAUGUGUGUCAGUGAGUGGAUGUUUAGACAAGAUGUGUGUCGCUGUAUAGACGUGUUUUGGUGACGCUGUUUUAACAUUUUCAGUAAGCUGGUAAAGAUUGCGGUUUGAAUUUUAUUAGCUGGUAAACCAUUAUUUAGUGUUACUCCUUAUGUUAUUUACUCGUGCGACUUGUAUCGAUCUGAAGAUUUCUAAGAGGGCAUAAUGUUGGGAAUUUGAAGUGUCAUUGAAAACUCAGCUCUGUAUUUUAAUACUGGUGAAGUUUGCAUAGAUACAGUAUGUCGCACGCCAACCUAGCAUUAGAUCUAAGAAACCCGAGUCACACUCUUUAUGACAUAACAUUUAAUUUCAACUUAUGAGAUUAAAAAUUUACCUCAUCAGGGAUUUACGCCGACACGACCAUGCAAGACGAACGAUAGGCUUAUGUUGGAAUUAUCAAAGGAGAUUUAUUAAAUACUGUUAAACAAAUGAAAACUAUGUUAGUCUGUCAAAAUAUGUGGAAGCAUUGUUAAGUAGGACGUUUAUAUGAAUGUAUUUCAUGAACUGUAUUAUUAAAUUUUGUUUACA